UUGUCAAUAUAAUACAUCAUCUGUGCUUUAGGUCAUGCAUAUGAGUGAGAUCGUCAUCAAAUUAUCCGCCUCUUUUCUGUUGAAAUUCUAAACGUGAUUGGCUGCGCUCUGUGAGGGUCGAUUUCACUGACGCAUUCCGUUUGGAACAAUAAAUAGAGCGAACAAGGCUUCUUCACCUCCACAUCUCUGGGAAGACGCAUGAAGAAGUUCUUGCUUCAACAGUGAUUGAACGGAACUCUUCUGCCCUAUAUAACAUUCUGGAUUGAUAACGUAACACUUGCUUGAACUCUAAUAGCAACAUUGUCUAAGAAACUCUAUUUUUGUACCGUUCAUUUUGAUAUAAAAGGAGAAAAUCUGCCAAAAUGGUGUCUCAGGUCCGUCAGAACUAUCACCGCGAUUGCGAAGCUGCCAUCAACCGGAUGAUCAACAUGGAGAUGUUUGCCUCUUACACCUACACUUCGAUGGUAAGGAGACUGCAAUUGGCUACCAAGCUGACCAUUUUGUUGCUCUACCUAGUCUUUUUUUUUUUCGUCUGACUUUUCUGUAGGCCUAGGCAAAUAACAGCCUUCAGGUAGACCUAUCAUUCAAAUAAAGCUGAUAAAUCUAUCCUAGGACAAAGUGUAACACCUCCUUGAUAGGUUAAUUGGCAAAUUACUAAGUAGGCUAAUGAGUUUCAGGAUCAUAUUGCUGUGUCAAUCAAGUUUAGAUGCCACAAUAACAGAGUGCUGAGUCAUGUUUGACAUGUCUUUCUAACCACACUGUUUUGUGUCUAUCCACCCAGGCUUUCUAUUUCUCCCGUGACGAUGUGGCUCUGCCUGGCUUCGCUCAUUUCUUCAAGGAGAACAGCGACGAGGAGCGCGAGCACGCCGACAAGCUGCUCUCCUUCCAGAACAAGAGAGGUGGACGCAUUUUCCUCCAGGACAUCAAGGUGGGGCCACUGAGCGUCGAAACACAUAAGUUGUAUACUGCGCAACAACAAAAACUUCAAUUCUUCAGAAACGAGGGUUCUCUGGUAGAAAUUGUUCUUAAAGGAUUAUAUCUCAGUUGAAAAGGUUCGACCUGGAACCAAGUGGUUGAUCUAUAAUCUAUGGGAAGAAAGACAGAAAUAAUAUUUCAACUUGUUUUGAUGAGUAAUCAUUCAUGUUAAUACUGAGUUCAUUGUAAGGCACGCCCUGUGUGGCUACCCUGGUAUUAGAGCAAGGUGGCCAGAGGUGAUAAUGUCUUGACUGCUUAGUUCUAAACACACUGCCUCCAUUCCUUCAUAACCACUGAACUGAAAGAGCAUGAGGGGUGUAACUCGAGCCACUAUCAAACUCUCCCAAUGUUAAUAUAAUAUUCACUCACUGGCCAUUUUCAAAUUAAAUUAUAUUGGUCACAUGCGCCGAAUACAACAGGUGUAGACUUUACAGUGAAAUGCUAACUUACGAGCGCAUUCCCAACAAUGCAGAGUUAAAAAUGAAAAAUAUUUGCUAAAUAAAAAAGGAAAUGGUAACACAAAAAUAAUAACGAGGCUAUAUACAAGAAGUACCAGUUCCCGAGACAAUGUGCAGGGGUACGAGGUAGUUGAGGUAAUACAGUAUGUACAUGUAGGUAGGGGUAAAGGUGACAAAGCAAUCAGGAUGUGUGGCAUCAAUAUGCGUGUGUUUUGUGUGAGUGAGCGUAUGUAGUGUUGGCGUGUGCAUAGUCAGUACAAAAUAAAUAAGUAGUGAAGGGGUUAAAUGUAUUAGGUACACCCAUCUACUCUGACCCCACCCCCCUUUGCCUCCAGAACUGCCUGCAUUUUACAAGGUUCCACAGGGAUGUUGGUCCAUGCUGAUGCGAUGGCAUCAGGCAGUUGCUGCAGAUUGUAUGGCGGUAUAUUCAUGCUGCGAACAGCCCGUUCCAUCUCAUCCCAAAGAUUCUCUAUUUGGUUGAGGUCUGUGGACUGGCAGUUAAGUAAACUGAACUCGCUGUCAUGUUCCAGGUGAUGUUUUUCCACUCAAUUGUCCACUGGAGCCUCUUGUUAUUGUUUUUAGCUGAUAGGAGUGGAACCCGGUGUGGGCAUCUGCUGCAAUAGCCCAUCCGUGACAAGGAUCGACGAGUUGUGCGUUCCCGAGAUGCGCUGUUAUUUGUCCAUUUUUGGCCCGCCUGUUAGCAGUUCUUGCCAUUCUCCUUCGACCUCUCAUCAACGAGCUGUUUUCGCCCACAGGACUGCCACUGACUGGAUGUUUUUUGUUUGUCCACCAUUCUUGUUAAACCCUUAAUACUGUUGUGCGUGAGAACACAGGAGGGCGGACGUUUCUGAGAUGCUGGCAACGACUUUCAUACCACGCUCAGGUUGCUCGUUUUGCCCAUCCAAUCAAACAGUAACUGACUGCCUCAAUGCCUGCUUUAUAUCGCAAGCUACGGCCACGUGACUCAGUCUGUAGGAGCGAUCCAUUUUUGUGAACUGGGUGGUUACCUAAUACUGGCCGGUAUACAUUUUACGUAUAGGUGGCCCCAGCAGGAGGUGAACCCACAACCUUUGGCAUUGCAAGCGCCAUGCUCUACCAACUGAGCCACACCGGACCCAUUUAUAUGUGCUUCAUAAACCUGAGCAUAUGUAGUUGUUCGUAGUGACAGGAUGUGUUAAAUUGACCCCAUUGGUUCCAGUUUUGUGCCAGAUAUACUGAUUUUUAAAUGUCGACUUUUAGUCAUGCAUAGAAAUACUUAUGCUAGAACUCCCUAACCCUCCUGUGUUCCCUCCUGUCCUGUGUAGAAGCCAGAUCGUGAUGAGUGGGGCAAUGGCCUGGAGGCCAUGCAGUGUGCUCUGCAGCUGGAGAAGACAGUCAACCAGGCCCUGCUGGACCUGCACAAACUUGCCACCGACAAGGUCGACCCUCAUGUAAGUAUUGUCCCCCAUGUUAUGGUGGAACCACACACAUUAAUGUACAUCACAUAGAAUACUGCCACUGUACUGUCCCAGGAGCUGAUCAGGUUGUUGUAGCUCUGCUAACUAAUGACACAGGCUCGUGUGACCUGCCUCUUCACCCAAACACAAUAGCCCACAGAUGCACACAAACAGGAUGCACACACUUUACACAGACAAAAUGCAGCUCAUGCAGGAGUCGGGACCGCUGCAAACACCUCAUUGAGUUAGUUAUCUGCCCUUAUGUCAUUACCACCAGGCUCUGUGUGUUACUGCAUCUACAGUAGUGGCUGUAGUUAUUCUCUUGUCUGACCUGUGUUUUCCUCCUUUAGCUGUGUGACUUCCUGGAGUCCCACUACCUGAAUGAACAGGUGGAGGCCAUUAAGAAGCUGGGCGACCACGUCACCAACCUCACUAAGAUGGAUGCUGUCAACAACAAGAUGGCCGAGUACCUGUUUGACAAGCACACCCUGGAAGGCCAGAGCUAAACCACGUCCAGGCUACAGCCUCCAGCCUCAGACCAGGACUCCUGGCUUCUCUGAGAUAUCCUACUGGCUUUACAUUUCUAGGGAGGGCAGAGCGUUAAACUGGUACUGCGCAGUGCAACACAGCUGUAACAUUGAGUUUGUUUUGUUGACAACACUAUUUGAUUUUGGAGGGAAGGCAUCUUGUAAAACAAUUAAGUAAAAAAGUCACAAGUUGUUGCUGAUGUUUUCUAAGUGUUGCCACCUGGAGUAAUUUGAUGUUGUAUCAGUCUAUUCAGGUGCUUUGCUCUGUCUUACUGAACAUCUCAAUACCCAGUACACGGGUCAUCUAUAAGUGUAACUAGUCAUUUUUUAUCUGCACUGAAUAAAACCUUUUGCGCUGGA